AUGUCUUCAAAGUACGCUAAAAAGCGAAAGCAACUCGAUGAUGACACGUCAGAAGCCGGGAGAAGUCGGCGGGACUCGAACUCACCUCCAAGAUCGAAAAGAUCUGCAAAGCAAAAAGAUUCAGAGGAUAAUGGAGAACCAGCUGAAUCGAUGUCAAUCGAAGAGACCAACAAAUUGCGUGCUUCACUUGGAUUGGCUCCACUCGAAGCUAAUGACAACAAAGAACGUGACGCCAACGAUGGGACGAACGAAAAAAUCUAUAAUGAAGACGGAUUCGAGUUCAGACAUCGAAAAGCUGACAAUAUGGCUGAGAAGAAGAAGGAAAAAGAGAUUAAGGAGAAGCUAGAGAUUGCCAAACAGAAGAGAGACGUUUAUUCGAAAGUUUUGAAAGCAAAGAAGCUCGCAGAUUCUGAUGACGAGGACAGUGCCGCCGGGUUCGUUGAGAGAAUGCGUAGAAAAGAUGAGGAAGCGAAGAAAGCUGCGGAAAGAGCUGCUGCUUUUGAUCAACUUGAUGAGGAGCUCGGAGUCAGUUCUACAAUCGAGAAAGCUAAAAAACAAAAAAGACCGAAGACAAAAGCGCCUUCUGACACUGCUGGAAUGGUUAUUGGACAUGGAAGAGAGGCUUUUGUUGAUGGAGAUCAAAUUUUGGUUCUUCAAGAUAAAGGAAUUCUCGACGAUGGAGAUGAGGUUUUGGUGAAUCCAAAUCUCAUGGAUGAUGAGCGACACGUCAGAAAUGUUGAGCUGAGAAAACGGAAAGAUCCACACAGGAACUUUGAUGAAGACGUCGAUGAAAUGGGAAAUCUCAAGAAUUUCGGUGUCCUCGCGAAGUACGAUGAGACUUUGGAGGGAGAGCAGAAGAAACAGUUCAGACUUGAUGAGCACGGAGGUGUUGAUAUUGAGGAGGAGAAACGAGAGAUGGAGGCGUUCCGACGAAUGAAGAUGGCUGGUAAGCGUCUGGAGAGUUUAGAAACGAAAAAAUACGAACUGGCAUCUGAAUUCUACACACAAGACGAAAUGACACAAUUCCGUAAAGUGAAGAAAGGAAAGAAGGAGAAGAAUAUCAGAAAACGGAAAGUUCUGAAAGCAUCUGAUUUGGUUCCAGUGGAGAAGGCUGGUGCUGGAAGAAGCGAUUUCGGUAGACGUCGGAGGGAUUCUGAUGAAGAAAUGGAUGAUGGUGAGAAGACGAAAAAGGAAGUAGAAGAAGACGGUGAGAUUGAUGACGCUCCAGAAUCUUCUAAAGUAGAUGCUGAGGAUGGAAAAUGGAAGAAAGCGAUGCGUGGAAACGGAGUGGAUCUUCAACGUCUCCAGAAGCUUCGUGCUAAACAGAUGGAGGAUGAAGACGAGAAUAGUGAUGAUGACCUGGCAUUCACUGGAGGUGUCGAUUUGACUGGUGUCGUGAUUGACGACGAUGCUGAAGAUGAGCUCCAUUCGAUUCUGGCAAAAACUCGAAAAGUUAAACAAAUCGAUGGGAAACAGAUGGAGGAAGAUGUUGGAAAACGAGUGCAGGAUAUGCUGUCAACUCAUGGAGUGAAAAUGGAGUAUGAUGAGGAGGAAGAAGACGUGAAACCACUAAAAGAUGGUCAAAUAUACAUUGAUUCUACCACAGAGUACUGUCGGCAUGUCGGAGAAAUCACAACUCUUGGUCUUGGAGGAAACCGAAAUGUUGAUGUGUCAGAAGUGAAGAAAGUGAAGCAAGAGGAGGAAGAAGAAGAGAGUGAAGGGUUCGAACAGUGGAAACGAGCCAAAGUGGAUAAAGAUUUAAAGGAGAAAGAGAAGAGAAAGUUGGCGGAUCAAGGGGGAUGGCUGGCAGCUGGAAAACCAAUGGCAAGUAACAUCAGAAUUGAUAGUGACGAUGAGGACGCGUUGGAGGAGGCGAAGAAGAGAAAAUGGUCGGAUGAUGAAGAAGAGGAGGAGGACGAUGAUGAUGAGGAGAAGGACGAUUAUGCUCCAGCACUCGGAAAAGAGGUUGAUGUAUCGAAGGGAGUUGGUCGGAUGUUGAAGUUGGCUGGACAGAAGGGAUAUCUCCAUAAUCCGAAUGCCAAGUCUGUUAAUGGUCCUUCAUUGGAUCAUUUGAAGAACAAGGCAUCACAUCGUGUCGAUGGAUCCAGAUUUGACCCCGACGAUCGCAACGCCAAAAAAGCCGACCGACUCAACGCUCAAAACCGUGGACCGACCGUGCCAUUUGCCGAGAAAACCGACUACAAACCAGAUGUCAAUAUCAGUUAUGUCGACAGAAAAGGACGUGAUAUGGAUGCGAAGGACGCUUACAGAGAGCUCUCUUACAAAUUCCACGGUCGCAAUCCUGGUAAGAAGCAACUGGAGAAGCGUGCCAAUCGUAAGGACAAAGAGGAGAGAAUGUUGAAGACAAACAGCUACGAUACUCCACUCGGAACGCUCAGCAAGCAGCUCAAGAAGCAGAAACAACUGUCGACACCGUAUCUUGUGCUCAGUGGAUCCAGUGAUCAGUAA